AAGAGUGGAGCCUUCUGUGAGACAUGGAUAGAUGCAAACAUGUAGGGCGGUUGCGGCUGGCCCAGGACCACUCCAUCCUGAACCCCCAGAAGUGGUGCUGUAGGGAGUGCACCACCACCGAGUCGGUGUGGGCUUGUCUCAAGUGCUCGCACGUGGCCUGCGGUCGCUACAUUGAGGACCACGCCCUGAAACACUUUGAAGAGACUGGACACCCACUAGCCAUGGAGGUCCGGGAUCUCUAUGUGUUCUGUUACCUGUGCAAGGACUACGUGCUCAAUGAUAACCCGGAGGGGGACCUGAAGCUGCUGAGAAGCGCUCUCCUGGCGGUCAGGGGCCAGAAGCAGGACCUGCCGGGGAGGCGAGGUCGGACUCUGCGGUCCAUGGCCUCGGGCGAGGACACGUCCCCGCCGCCACGCACUCCUCAGGGACAGCCGCAGAUGCUCACGGCUCUGUGGUACCGGCGCCAGCGCCUGCUGGCCAAGACGCUGCGGCUCUGGUUUGAGAAGAGCUCCCGCGGCCAGGCGAGACUGGAGGAGCAGCGGCGGGAGGAGGCCCUGGAGCGCAAGAAGGAGGCGGCCAGGCAGCGGCGGCUCGAGGUCAAGCGGCGGCUGCUGGAGGAGCUGGCCAGCGCCCCUCCGCGCAAGAGCGCACGCCUGCUGCUGCACGCGCCCCGCGCCGCUGCCCAGCGCCCCGCCGCCCGGAGGCGCACACCCACCGGGGGCCGCCUCCCCGCCCGGGCACCGGCGGUGGCUCCGGGCGUCACUGGCCUGCGCAACCUGGGCAACACCUGCUACAUGAACUCCAUCCUGCAGGUGCUCAGCCACCUCCAGAAGUUCCGAGAGUGUUUCCUGAACCUCGACCCUUCCAAAACGGAACAGCUCUUUAACAGAGCCGCCAACGGGAAGGCCCCGCUCGCGGGCAGGCUGGCCAGCAGCUCAGCCACCGAGCUGUCGCCAAGGAGCCACAGGGCUGAGUCUUGCGAGCGGGAUGGUCUCUUCUGGAAUGGCGGCGCCUCCAUCACCAAGAGCCUAGAACUCAUCCAGAACAAGGAGCCCGGCUCAAAGCACAUCUCCCUCUGCCAUGAACUGCACACCCUUUUCCGAGUCAUGUGGUCCGGGAAGUGGGCCCUGGUGUCACCCUUCGCCAUGCUUCACUCCGUGUGGAGUCUGAUCCCUGCCUUCCGCGGCUACGACCAGCAGGACGCUCAGGAGUUUCUCUGCGAGCUGUUGCACAAAGUGCAGCAGGAACUCGAGUCGGAGGGCACAACGCGCCGGAUCCUCAUCCCCUUCUCCCAGAGGAAGCUCACCAAACAGGUCUUAAAAGUGGUGAACACCAUAUUCCACGGGCAGCUACUCAGUCAGGUCACAUGUAUAUCAUGCAAUUACAAAUCCAACACCAUUGAGCCCUUUUGGGAUCUGUCCCUGGAAUUCCCUGAACGCUAUCACUGCAUAGAAAAGGGGUUUGUCCCUUUGAAUCAGACAGAGUGCCUGCUCACUGAGAUGCUGGCCAAGUUCACAGAGACAGAGGCCCUGGAAGGGAGAGUCUACGCUUGUGACCAGUGUAACAGCAAACGACGAAAAUCCAAUCCAAAACCCCUUGUUCUGAGUGAAGCUAGAAAGCAGUUAAUGAUCUACAGACUACCUCAGGUCCUCCGGCUGCACCUUAAAAGAUUCAGGUGGUCUGGCCGUAAUCAUCGAGAGAAGAUUGGGGUCCAUGUCGUCUUUGACCAGGUAUUAACCAUGGAACCUUACUGCUGCAGGGACAUGCUCUCCUCUCUUGACAAAGAGACCUUUGCCUAUGAUCUCUCCGCAGUGGUCAUGCAUCACGGGAAAGGGUUUGGCUCAGGACACUACACAGCCUAUUGCUACAACACAGAGGGAGGUUUUUGGGUCCACUGCAAUGACUCAAAGCUGAAUGUAUGCAAUGUCGAGGACGUGUGCAAAACUCAAGCCUACAUCCUCUUUUACACUCAAAGAACAGUUCGGGGCCAUGCAAAACCCCCCGAAACCCACCUCCAAGCUCAGGUGCAGCCCAGCAACAACCACGAGGGCAGACCACGGACCUUCCCCUGAAAGGGAGGCAGAUCACAGACUGGCUUGCUUUUAAACUAUUGGUGUCGGUACAUCUUUCCUGAUAGGAAAUGAGGUUUACUGCAGGAACAGGUUACUGGGUUUGCCUUACUGGGUCUAGAGCAGAGGUAGCAGGUGACUCAUAUGCUAUCAUAAAAUAUGUAGUCACUUUGUUUUGAAUGGAUUUGGAAAGUCCCUCCUUUGAUAAACAAAUCAAAAGUAGUAACUUGUAUGAAGCUUCAUCAGUUACUUCUGAAUGGAGAGGGAUCUGGGUAGAGCAAAAAGGGAGUAAGCUGAUCACAUCCAGCCAGGAGAGCAGCCAUGUUUUCUUUCCAUUAUGUGAUUCCCCUGCUAAUCAGGGCCUCCUUGCAGCACCAGAAAAAUCCUCCUGAUGUAAGCAGUCCAGGACAAAGCACAUGAGGGGGGCCCUGGGCUAGCAGCUUUCCUGAUGGGAUUGGUUCCGAAGCAGCAGGUAAAGUGUAAGGAAUUGUUCCUACAAAGGAAGUUAUCUUCAGGGGUUGAAAACUUGCAGACUUAAAGAGUGGAAUGAGAUGCAUGGAGCAAAUUUCCCCAUGCAAAAUGGGAGGCUUUUCACGUGUCAUACCUUCCCUGGGGCUUCUGAGACUGGCAUGAACAUCCCUUCAUUCUAAAGGAGAGGUGCAUAUAGGGAAGCAAUAAACUGGCUCGGGACAUGUUCUGCGUAGCCUAAAGGACACUCCUGGCUACUCAGUUCGGUAGUGAAUCCCUGGUUCAGGUCAAGGUCUAGGACAGUGGUUCUCAACCUUGGCUGCACAUUAGAAUC